AUGGGGAUUCAUCCCCAAUGUCUGGUGUGUCAGAUAGAGGAGUCGCUGGACCAUGCUAUAUUUCAGUGCUACCGGGCUGUGGAGGUCUGGAGGAGGGCAAAGUUCCCCAUGGAGAUCUUGUGUCAUGCUGCUUCCUUCCUGCAGAUACUUGGACGUCUGGCCGGGUCCUCGCAGUCCAGGCCGGUGGCGGUGCGGGCGACAUAUACUGCCUACCAAAUCUGGCUUGCGAGGAACGCUUUGAUGUUUGGAGAGACUGUUCCCCCUCAGAGGGUGGUGGUGGAGAGAGCGCGGCUUUUGGCGAUGGAGGUCCUUCAGGCGACCCACUUGGAUGGAUCCUUGAUAGCUCGGGACACCUGGGGCUCUACAUCUGCUCGUGGAGCACCCCGCAUGGUGUUUUUCACCUGGGAGCCCCCACCCCCGAGUUUUCUCAAGGUUAACUUCGAUGGUUCCAUCUUGCAAGGCGGUGAGAGGGGAGGUGUGGGCUUCGUUGUUAGGGGCCCGAACUCUAGUGUGAUUGCUGCUGGAGGUUUCCAGCCUUUUGAUAUAUCGGUGCCAGGGGCGGAGUUGAGGGCAGCCUGGGCAGGUUUGAGGUAUGUGCGUCGUGCAUUGCAGGCUAGAGAUGUUCUCCUGGAGGGCGACUCCGUGAUAGUCAUUGGAUGGCUAUCACAGGCUUCAGGCGGGGUAGGCGAUUACCAUCCAUUGGUGAGAGAUAUCCGGUCCAUGGGGUGUGAUGAGAUGGUUGUUCAAGUGAGAUAUAUGUUUAGGGAGGCAAAUGGGGCGGCGGACUGGGUCGCCUCCUCUGUUGCCAACCACUCAGGGGACCACCUAUGGGUGGGAGAGGCGGAGUUGCCCAGGGCCCUCCAUGAUGUUUUGCUUUUUGAUUUUCUUGGCUGUAUUCAUACACGUUAUGCAUGA